CCAGUGCCGGUCUUGUGAAAGUAGUAUUAUCAGCACUCGUCCCAUUUUAUUACAAAAUGAGAAACUUCAUUGCUGUUGUUUUGACCGUAUUUUGUGUCAUACUGCUGACGGGCGUCUGUCAAGCUCACAGUGAUGACCACGAUGACCAUGAUGGAGACAACCAUGAUCACCAUUUCAAGGAAAUUGAUGCAAUUUUGAAUCAAGCCCUAAUGCACGGGCUUCACCAAAGUCCACGGUUCCGUCGCGCCGCCGAUGAAGGGGGUCCCGCUGGUGAAAAAGGACAUGGUGGACCCGGUAACGGUCAGGGCGGAUCGGGUGGACCGGGAGGUCCGCAGGGUCAUGGACACGGUCAGGGACAAGGCCAGGGAGGUGAUUCGGGGCACGGUGGAAACCAUUAACUUUAUGCCGACAAUUUGGAUUUGAGAGUUCUGAGCCAUAGACAGAUAGAAGCACUUGGUUUGUUGCGUUUUGGAUUGCUUGGCAAAUAGUAUCAUUAUGUUUCUUAAUAAAAAAGUUAAACUGCAA